AUGGAGAAGCCGGAUCUGGAGGAACCUUCAGCUCAAGACACCAAAGAGCAGACGGACGAGACGGCAGAAACCCCAUCCUCAGACGCGUCCAACCCCGCAAGCUCAAAUCACACAGAAACACAUACUGAGAGUUCAGGAUUUGGGACGGAGAAAUCGUCCAGUCCUGACAGCGAAUCCAACAGCAGCUCCAAUGGACAAGUCGUGCCCAACCUCCUGAAGGAAGCUUCAUCUGAAGGGUUGGAAGAAUCCCAGACACCACAUCCAGAUGUUCAGUGUCCGGAUCAAGCGCCGCCUCCCGACUCCUCCGGCGAGAAGGACGAUACACACACGGCUCGACCUCCUCACCCCGACCCCGGCAUGACCUCUGACCCUCCCAACGAGAUUCCCACGGAUCAGCGGUCUCUGUACGGCACGCUGAACGCUCAGGCCGUCACGCUGCUGCACGGAUUACCCUUCUUUCCCGGCCGGACCUUCUUACCGGAGAACUGCUACACUCUGCCGCUCCACCGCGAGGGUUUCGCCUGCGCCGCUUCCAAACCGGAGCCGGACACAGUCCAUCACAUGAGGCCCGCGCUGGACCUGACCACCCACACAUAUUUACAGGACCUGUACCGUGCGCAGACGCUCAUCCCGCAGAAACGCGCCAGCAUGGUGAGCCUCGACACCAUCCGCAAGGAUCCGCGCUGGCGGGAUCCGAACCUGCGGGAGGUCAUCUCCAUGCUGAGCCACCCCAUGGACCCGGUGAAGUCCAACGCUGCCGCGUACCUGCAGCACCUCUGCUACGAGAACGACUUGGUCAAGCAAGACGUCAGGCAGCUGCAUGGGAUCCCCGUCCUGGUGGGGCUCCUGGAUCAUCCCAAAGCCGAGGUCCACCGCAAGGCCUGCGGCGCGCUGAGGAACAUCUCCUUUGGCCGGGACAACUUCAACAAGGUGGCCAUCAAGAACUCGGACGGCAUUCCUGCGCUGCUGAGGCUCCUGAGGAGAUCUGACGACAUGGAAGUCCGAGAGCUCGUCACAGGAACGCUGUGGAAUAUCUCCUCCCAUGAGCCUCUGAAGAUGAUCGUCAUCAACCACGGCCUACAGACGCUGACCGACGAGAUCAUUAUCCCUCACUCGGGUUUGAGAGGAGACCCGAACGACCCGGCCCGACCCGGAGCCCCAGAGUGGAACACGGUCUUCAAGAACACUUCAGGAUGCCUGAGGAACGUGAGUUCAGACGGAGCUGAAGCUCGACAGAGACUGCGUGAGUGUGACGGGCUGGUGGACGCUCUGCUGCACGCGCUCUAUUCUGCUGUCGCCAAGAGGGACAUAAAUAACAAAUCGGUGGAGAACUGCGUCUGUAUCUUGCGUAAUCUGUCAUAUCACGUGCACAAAGAGGUUCCUGGAGCUGAGAAAUUCCACAUCCAAGCAGCCAAUCACAGCGCGAAAUCAGGAGGUCACCAUAAGAAGAAGGACGAGCCGGAACGUUUUGGAGGACUAACGACCAAAGAAGAAUGGUUCCAUCAGUGCAAGCGACACGGAGCCGGAGAGAAGAAGAGCGGCGGUGCGGAUCUGUGCAGGAGGAGUCUGCCGAUGAAAGGCCUGGAGCUUCUGUACCAGCCGGAGGUGGUCCGACUCUACCUGUCGCUCCUCAAACUGAGUCAGAAUCACAACACGCUGGAGGCGGCGGCUGGAGCCCUGCAGAACCUGUCAGCCGGACACUGGGCCUGGUCCAAUUAUAUCCGAGCAACGGUGCGUAAGGAGAAGGGUCUGCCGGUGCUGGUGGAGCUGCUGCACUCGGGUGCGGAUAAAGUGGUGCGAGCGAUCACCAUUGCGCUCAGAAACCUUGCCAUCGACCACAAGAACAAAGAUCUUAUCGGGAGUUACGCCAUGAGGGAUCUGGUCAGUAACCUGCCCUGCGGCCAGCAGCGACCCGCCAAGAACCUGGAGGGAGACACGGUGGUGGCCGUCCUGAACACUAUACUGGAGAUCGUCUCUGAGAACCUGGAGAAUGCCAGAUUCCUCAUCCAGGGACAGGGAAUCCAGAAACUGGUCUCAAUCAACAGAACCAGCCAAUCGGUGCGCGAGACCAAAGCCGCGUCACACCUCCUGCAGACGGUUUGGGCCUAUAAGGAUCUGCGACACACGCUGUGUAAGGCCGGCUGGAACAAAACACACUUCAAGCCAGCUGUCUCUGGCCUGCCCAAAAAACAGAGGAACGCCAAGCAAAGGAAUGAUGACAUCACACUGCCCUUAAUGGAAAAGAACCAAGGUCACGGAUUCCUGCUGCUUGAAUGCAGCAUAUUUAUGAGGCUCCAGCAUUCAUGAGAAUGACAGAAGUGCUGUGCCUUCUUUCUUAUGCAAGCUUUAGUGUUAGAAUUAAGCAUG